UUUUUUUUUCAAAGAUAAGCAUGGAAUUUUCCUGUAUAACCUUUAGGCUGUGCACAUCGAAUCUCCUCCCAAUCUCUCUGAUACCAACGUAGCAAGUUGUGUUCGAAGGGCAUCCAGUUCUCGGCGAAGAAUCUACGCGAUCUUCUUUUUGUGUCUUUCACGAGAUUCACUUCCAUCUUCUACUGCUUUCGCUUUCUUACUAUUUCCGCUGCUAUAUAUUCGCUUUCCCACCUUCAUUUAUAACCGAGCAAGCAACGAGGCAGGGCAAACAUAGCUACUAUGGCUGCUAGGAAUUUGGAGAAGAUGGCAUCAAUAGAUGCGCAGCUCAGGCUAUUGGCACCUCGCAAAGUUUCCGCGGAUGACAAGUUAGUGGAGUAUGAUGCUCUGUUAUUGGACCGUUUUCUUGAUAUCUUGCAGGAUUUGCAUGGGGAGGAUAUCCGAGAAACGGUUCAAGAUUGUUAUGAACUUUCUGCUGAGUAUGAAGGGAAGCAUGACCCUCAAAAGUUGGAGGAACUUGGGAAAGUGAUAACGAGUUUGGAUCCUGGGGAUUCAAUUGUUGUUACAAAAUCGUUUUCUCACAUGCUUAACUUGGCCAACCUGGCUGAGGAAGUUCAAAUUGCAUACAGGCGAAGGAUUAAAUUAAAGAAGGGAGAUUUUACUGAAGAGAACUCAGCAACAACAGAAUCAGACAUUGAAGAAACCCUCAAGAGGCUUGUGAUGCAAUUGAAGAAGUCCCCAGAAGAAGUUUUUGAUGCUUUGAAGAACCAGACUGUGGAUUUAGUCUUAACUGCACAUCCCACUCAAUCUGUUCGUAGAUCUUUGCUUCAAAAGCAUGCAAGGAUACGGAAUUGUUUGACCCAGUUGUAUGCUAAGGACAUUACUCCAGAUGAUAAGCAGGAACUUGAUGAGGCUUUACAAAGGGAGAUCCAAGCUGCAUUCCGCACAGAUGAGAUCCGAAGGACUCCUCCAACUCCACAGGAUGAGAUGAGAGCUGGAAUGAGCUACUUCCAUGAGACAAUUUGGAAGGGUGUCCCAAAGUUCUUGCGCCGUGUUGACACAGCUUUGAAGAAUCUUGGGAUAAAUGAAUGUGUCCCUUAUAAUGCACCUCUCAUCCAAUUCUCUUCUUGGAUGGGUGGUGAUCGUGAUGGAAAUCCUCGAGUAACUCCUGAAGUUACAAGGGAUGUUUGCUUACUGGCCAGAUUGAUGGCUGCGAACUUAUAUUUCUCACAAAUAGAGGAUCUUAUGUUUGAGCUGUCAAUGUGGCGGUGUAAUGAUGAACUUCGUGUUCGUGCAGAUGAGCUUCAUAGGUCUUCAAGGAAAGAUGCAAAACACUACAUAGAAUUUUGGAAACAGAUUCCUCCUAGUGAACCUUAUCGAGUUAUUCUUGGUGAUGUGAGGGACAAGCUUUAUAAUACGCGUGAACGCUCUCGUCAGUUAUUAGCCAAUGGGAUUUCUGACAUUCCUGAGAAAGCAGCUUUUACCAAUGUUGAACAGUUCUUGGAGCCUCUUGAACUCUGUUACAGAUCACUCUGUGCUUGUGGAGAUCGACCAAUUGCAGAUGGAAGCCUUCUUGAUUUCCUACGGCAAGUUUCUACCUUCGGGCUUUCACUUGUAAGACUUGACAUCCGACAGGAAUCUGAUAGGCACACUGAUGUUCUUGAUUCUAUUACAAAGCAUUUGGGGAUUGGAUCUUAUCGAGAAUGGUCUGAGGAAUGCAGGCAGGAAUGGCUCUUAUCUGAGCUCAGAGGCAAGCGUCCUCUUUUUGGUUCUGAUCUUCCUAAAACAGAAGAAAUUGCUGAUGUAUUAGACACAUUUCAUGUCAUUGCUGAACUUCCUCCAGACAACUUUGGUGCCUAUAUAAUUUCAAUGGCUACAGCGCCAUCUGAUGUACUUGCUGUUGAGCUUUUACAGCGGGAAUGUCAUGUUAAGCAGCCACUGAGGGUUGUUCCAUUGUUUGAAAAGCUUUCUGAUCUUGAAGCUGCUCCUGCUGCUGUUUCUCGUCUUUUCUCAAUAGAUUGGUACAGAAACCGAAUCAACGGGAAGCAAGAAGUCAUGAUAGGGUACUCGGAUUCUGGGAAGGAUGCUGGGCGUCUCUCUGCUGCUUGGCAGUUAUAUAAAGCUCAAGAAGAGCUUGUGAAGGUGGCAAAGAAGUAUGGGGUAAAGCUAACAAUGUUCCAUGGCCGAGGAGGGACAGUUGGAAGAGGAGGAGGACCCACUCAUCUUGCAAUCUUAUCUCAACCACCUGACACCAUUCAUGGAUCACUUCGUGUGACAGUUCAAGGUGAAGUUAUUGAGCAGUCUUUUGGGGAAGAACACUUGUGUUUCAGAACUCUUCAGCGUUUUACAGCAGCCACACUGGAGCAUGGAAUGCAUCCCCCAGUCUCACCAAAGCCAGAAUGGCGCACACUGAUGGACGAGAUGGCAAUUAUUGCCACUAAGGAAUACCGUUCCAUAGUCUUUCAAGAACCCCGUUUUGUUGAAUACUUUCGCCUUGCAACGCCAGAGUUGGAGUAUGGUCGGAUGAACAUUGGAAGUAGACCAUCUAAAAGGAAGCCAAGUGGUGGGAUUGAAUCCCUCCGAGCAAUUCCUUGGAUCUUUGCGUGGACCCAGACAAGGUUUCAUCUACCUGUUUGGCUUGGCUUUGGGGCAGCAUUUAAGCACGCCAUUGAGAAGGAUGUAAAGAAUCUUCAAAUGCUACAGGAGAUGUACAAUCAAUGGCCCUUCUUUAGGGUCACAAUUGACUUGGUCGAGAUGGUGUUUGCCAAGGGUGAUCCAGGAAUUGCUGCGUUAUAUGACGAGCUUCUAGUAUCCAAAGAAUUGUGGCCACUUGGAGAGCGCUUGAGAGUGAACUUUGAAGAAACCAAGCGCCUUCUCCUACAGAUUGCUGGUCAUAAAAAUCUUCUUGAAGCAGACCCAUACUUGAAGCAAAGACUUCGACUUCGUGAUGCCUAUAUCACAACCCUGAAUGUCUGCCAAGCUUACACUCUGAAGCGGAUUCGUGAUCCUGACUACCAUGUAACGGUCAGGCCACACUUGUCAAAAGAAUACAUGGAAUCAAAACCAGCUGCAGAGCUUGUCAAGCUUAACCCUACGAGUGAGUAUGCUCCUGGCCUGGAAGACACCCUCAUUUUGACCAUGAAGGGUAUUGCUGCUGGCAUGCAAAACACUGGUUAACGGUGUUAUCUUUUGUUGCUAAUAUUUUCCAUCAUAUAAAAUAGAUUUGCAUGAAAAGUAUGAGUGUUGUAUUUAUCGGAUGCUUUGAUCAGCAUAUAAUUUAAUGUCUUCUUUUUCUUC